UUCUACACAGAAAUCGACUGCAGAAGCUUCAACAAUCAUGAACGCUUUCCUGAUGUUAACCGUUAUUGGAGUCAGCAUCGUUCUGUCUGAUGCCGUGCAGCCUCUGGGCGCGGGUUACAACAGCCGCUGCGUGUGUCUGAAACUGGAGUCGCGGAUCAUCCCACAGGAGAACCUGCGGCGCGUGGAGAUCCUGCCGAGAGGCUCGCACUGCAAGACUACUGAGGUUAUUGCUGGUUUAUCGAGUGGAGAGAGGAUCUGUCUGAACCCCAGGACACCAUGGGUUAAAAAACUCAUUCUCUUCAUUGAGAGAAAGGAGCGAGUGACCAAGAAAAUGUAGACGACAUUGAUGUUGUAACUUAUAUUUCUUUGACUCUCACUACUCACAAGACUCACUAGAAGAGUUUUUGCACUUGUAUGCUAGUUUUGUCGUCUCUGACAUAUUUUUGGUUCCUGUAGAAUAAGAUUUCUGUUUGUUUGUCUUGUAUUCUGAGCCUCUCAUUUUGAUUGAUACAUGUUUGUCCUGACAAUUACUUCAAGAUGAACCAAAGUGAUGUGUAUGCUACACUACAGAUACCGUCUUGUACACUGAUUUUCAUUUUACACUGAUACAAAUAAUCAAAGUUUUUGGUGUUGCUUGUAAUUGCUGUUUCACUGAAAAAAUUUGAAAUGUAUGGAUGAUGUUUUUAAUAAA